AUGUUUCAAGACGGUGUGAUGUUUCGAUCAUUUUGGGGUGCCUGCUAUUAUGGCUUCUCAGCUGCCGCCGUUCUGUUCGUAUACACAAUCCAACAAGCAUCUUCACCUGCAGACGUGUAUCAACAGUAUUUGAAUUCUGCAACUCGCUUGGAGAAUCAUCUUGCUACCUUUGCAACAGAUAACGCCCUUGUUGCGCGAUAUGCUCUUGUCCUACAAGAGCUGCAGCUGGAAGCGCUCAAACAAAUCCAGUGCCAUUCCAGCCCAUCGGGGUGCAGUAUGACAGCCAGCCAGAUGGAUGCAAUGGCAUUGCAAUAUGCCGAUAUUUUGGGUGUUCGAAUGCCACUUUCAACUGUAGUAGACGAAGGAUUAGUUCACGCUCCUGCUGAUAUUGCCACAUGGUCGCAAUUGGAAUUACUGGCCAUGCCCCAGUAUUAA